UGAUGGUCGUCAAGCAAUGCGUUCCAUUCUUGAUAGUUUAGUCCAUAAACAUGGCGGAUCCAUUAAGUUUACUACGACAAUAUAAUGUCAAUAAGAAAGAAAUAAUUGAACGUGAAAAUCAAAUAAUAUUUGGAGAAUUUUCGUGGCCGAAAAAUGUGAAAACUAAUUAUUUAACUUAUGGAUCUGGAAAGGAAGGAACGCCUAAGGAAUAUUAUACCCUAGAGUGCCUAUUGUUUUUACUUAAACAUGUUCAACUUACACAUCCAGUUUAUGUACGGCAAGCGGCUGCAGAAAAUAUUCCGGUUGUCCGUCGACCAGACCGGAAAGAUUUACUUGCCUAUCUCAAUGGUGAAACUGCCACAUCAGCCGCCAUAGAUAAAUCAGCACCUUUAGAAAUUCCAACACAAGUAAAACGAACUGCCGAAGAUGGAUUGGAUGCAGGUUUAUCUAAGAAACCAAGAUUUGAAGAGACUCAUGUUCAAAAGGUUAAAGAACAACUUGCAGCUCGUCUGGAUGCACCGAAAGAAGCAUCUGUUACAGUUGAUAAUAUCAAAUCACUGUCAGAAGCUAUGUCAGUUGAAAAAAUUGCUGCAAUUAAGGCUAAACGAUUGGCCAAAAAACGUACAACAAUUAAGGAAAAUGAUGACAUUGGCAUGGGCUCAGAUUUAAGAGUUAUUUUAGAUAUGGAUGUUGAUGAUACAAAAGAUAUUGUUUCACGAGAAAGACAAUGGAGAACAAGAGCUACAAUAUUACAGAGUAGUGGUAAAAUAUUUGCUAAAAAUAUAUUUGCAAUUUUACAAAGUAUAAAAGCUAGAGAAGACGGGAAACAUAAAGGUCCCGUAGCAUCUACGCCAAUGGUUACACCUCGUUCAACGCCUAUGAGGCCACUUCCUCAACCUGCAGUCUAUAAUCGUUAUGAUCAAGAAAGAUUUAUUCAAAAGGAAGAAACAGAAGGUUUUAAAAUUGAUACCAUGGGAUCUUAUCAUGGAAUGACUUUGAAAUCUGUAACUGAAGGAACUAAUCCAGCAACUCGAAAGCCUGCUAAUCCUACUUCUGCACCAUCAUCAGGUUUGCUUCCUACAUCAGCCGCUAAAUUAACUCCUCAACAAGCUGCUCAAAAUAAACGACCUAGCCGGACUCCAAUUAUCAUUAUUCCUAGUGCAAACAAUUCACUAAUUACAAUGUAUAAUGCCAAAGAUAUCCUUCAAGAUCUGAAAUAUGUCAGUAAUGAUGAAAAGAAAACAUCAGGUGCCAAGAGAGAACAUGAAAUUUUAUUACAACGUCGUAAAGAUGGAGGUUUAACUGUUCCUUAUCGAGUAAUUGAUAAUCCACAAAAACUUACAAACUCUGAUUGGGAACGUGUAGUAGCAGUAUUUGUAAUGGGACCAGCAUGGCAAUUUAAAGGCUGGCCUUUCGAUGGUAAUCCAGUUGAAAUAUUUUCAAAAAUUUGUGCAUUCCAUCUCAAGUAUGAUGAAAUGCGACUUGACACAAAUGUUGCUCGAUGGGCAGUAACUGUGAUAGAGUUAAGUCGCACAAAGCGUCAUUUAGAUCGUGCUGCUUUGAUGAAAUUUUGGGAACAUCUGGAUAAACAUAUGAUUAAAAAUAAGCCUCUUUUACGAUUUUAAUUGAUAUUGUGCAUUUUAUGUAUAUAUUUAAAUAUAAUAUUUUAGUAGUCACGUUUGUAAAUAGUUGGUCAAGUUUUUUUAUGCGCACGUGACCGCAAUUUAAGUGAAUGAAUAUUCUUAAGAAAGCGCAAAAAGAAUGUUAUUUCUGUUUAUCGAAACAAUAAAAAGACUUUAAACGAU